AUGGCCGCCCAAAAUAGAGAGAAGGAAGAAACCGAGCUCAAGGUCCCCGAAAACAUACCUAUAUGCACGCCGCCGCCGACGACGAUCCACACCCCCCCGCCACAACAGCCUCCCGCCGUCCGAUCUCCACCGGAGACCCCAGAUCCGAAUCUUCAGGCGGCGUCCGAACGGAGAUCCAGCUCCGCCGGUUCCCCGGAUCUGGUCAACGCCGUGGGGAAUCUGAAGAGGCCUAGGGAGGUGACCCGGUGCUCCGGGUCGGGCUGCAGGAAGAAGGUCGGCCUUAUGGGUUUCCGGUGCAGGUGCGGCGACGUGUUUUGCUCGGAGCACAGGUACUCGGAUCGUCACGAAUGUAGCUAUGAUUACAAAGCGGCCGGACGGGAGGCGAUCGCGAAGGAAAAUCCGGUCGUCCGUGCCUCAAAACUUCUCAAGGUUUGA